AUGUCCUCCACCUCUUUUGUGGAAAUUGCGGUCCAUCCGGACCUCAAAACCUCGACAGUGGCUCUCCCCCACUCAAUCAACAAAACUCUCAAACAGCACUCGCUUUCAAACGCCGACUUUCCCCAAGUUCAGCCUCUCGAGUUUGAACAACAUCUCGCGGUCAGUGGAGAUGUGGUGGAUCUCAAGGCCCAAUCUGCCAUCUUCAACACCGUGUCGUAUAAACUAGUCGCCGACGGCUACAGGCUCACGCUUACGCCGCUUAUUUUGAACAAUCCGUUGGACCUGACGUUCAAGUCUCUGUGUUUUGUUCUUCCUCAAAAAGCCAGACCGAACUGCAUUGCUGUCACAGAUGCCGGGGCGGCGGUCUCAAUCAACAUACUCACGACAGAAAAUCUGCUUAUUUCAUUGAACCUGCCGCUGGACUCCUUUCUGUCCCAGGAAACACUGUCUCCUGUAACUUUUUACAACUGGUGUCAAUACAGCAUGCCGUACUCGUUCGACGUGCGAGCUCCUUUGUUUAUGCGGUCGAUCGACCCGCAAACGAUCAUUGUGGCUCUUCAGGACGGCGGCCUGCUCAAGAUGUUCAAGGAAAACAUGGAGGAUAAGUUUCUGGUGGUUCCGUUCAGCGACACGUCGUACUUCAACCAGUUCAGACUUCCCUUUUUUGGCUCCAAGCGCAAGGACCAGACAGAAACGGUGGUCUUGGAUAACGAGAGAGUGGCGGUCGCGGCAGCACUGGAUUUUGCUGUGCUGGAAAACAAGCUCGUCACUCUGAGUAUUGAUAAAACCAUUCGAUUCUGGUCGCUAGAAACAGGUGCUAUGGAGAGAGAAUUGAGUCUAAACGAAUUCCUGCCUCAGGAACUGCAUCCGGUGCAUUUCAAUAACCCACCAACGCGACUGUUAGGAUUGGUGGGAAGAUACCUGGCAGUUUUCGUUCCUAUUGGGGAAACGUCUCUGAAAUUAUUUUCUGUCGAGCAAGACGAGUCGCUCAUUUUGCUGAAUGAAUACGUUCCUCCUGAAGUCGAUAGAUGGGUGUUCCACAGCAUGGUUUUAUCCAAAAUGGAACUGAAUCUCCAGGUCAGUCUUCUGUGGUCUCUCCAUGGAGCUAGGUAUGUGCUUUUAGGCCAGAUAGACGACAAGCUUGAGAUGAGGUGGGCUCACUGUGCUCCGCCGCUUGCAAAUAACUUAGCGCAGUCCAUCACAUUCUUUGAUGAUGCCAGUUUGUUGAACUCUCACUGCAUGCAAUUGCUACAGGUUUACGACGAGCACGUUGUGGAAAAAGUGCUUUCCAUACUGGAAAAAAAAUACAACUUGGAGACUUCUGUUAUACCGCUACCGGAGAAAUUGCAACAUGUUAUUACACACGGUUCAGACCCACAAGACUACCUCAACAGUCUCAAGAAGCAAUGGGUAAAAUUCGACAACGCUUGCAAAGAGCUUUCCAGACAACUGGAGCCCUCUGUUGGAAUGAACCUUGUUGACGACAUGCUUGUAAUUAUGAAGACACAUGGCUUGUCAGUGAUUGUGCCUUCCUCGCCAUUUGCUUUGAUCAGCUACAACGACUCACUGUCCAACGCAGAUUUGCAGUAUUCCGAUGUCAAUGCCAGAGAUUUGCGCCCUCUAGCCAAGUAUGUGCUAUCUUUUGUUGCCAAGUUCCCUCAGGAAGUUGUUUUCAAAGUGGUGCAACGCGUUUGCGAUGGUCCCGAGGCUGCAGAGCCGCAAAUGAACACCAUUUUCCAGGAAGAGUUAUCGUCUUUUGUGGACGAGGCAAUGGUCACCGAGCUGCUCACUGCUCUGAACGCAUCAAAGGAUACGAUGCAUCUUUUUGAGUUCCUAAUUAACCUCUCAACUCUGGACAAUGUGGGUUACGUUCCUAUCAAGAAAGUCAGGUUUGGCAAUUUGGGUGGCACCUUACUGGUGUCGUCGUUGAAGAAUAAUCUGCUGCUUCAGAAACAGCUGAUCCUUGGUCUACUACUAAUUGUUCUCACAGUGGAUAUCAACCCACAAAUGGUAAACUACUACACAGAGCUCACAAAACUGUAUAGAUGCGUGGAGCUGUCGUUGCAGGUGCCGUCGUCUUUGCUGCUGGGACAUUUAGAGGACGUUUUCGAGGGCGGAGUUAUGGUGAGAGCCAACAAUCUCAACCAUUUGUUGACACAUAUUUUUGGUCUUUUGCUGCAGAAUACGUUUGUUUACUCGAUCGUCGCAAAGCUUGUUAAGGACGAGAGAUUCCAGGACGCACAUUUGGUGAAAUAUCUUCCCGAAACUGGAAUUUCUAACAUUUUGAAGGGGCUGAUUUUGCUUAAGACGAAGCAGGGAAAAGAGGCGUUUGAGCUGUUCACCUCCAAGGCAGACCAAAUCACACAGGCUGCAAAGACCGCGUCCGCAGCAGAGAAGAAAGCAUUGCAACCGGUGUCCGACUAUACCAACCUAAUUUUGGUGGACUCCAAAACAGACUAUUUCUACGACCUAAGCACUCUGUUUCAGUCGAAACAGUUUGACCAGCUGGCUCUUAAACUGGCUUUGAAAGCGCUUGCAACAAAAACAGAGCUUAAGGACAUCUCGGAUGACCAGGCUAUCUUGCUAAAAGUGUUCCAGCUGGCUCUCAAAUUGCAGGAAUUUGAACUGGCCCACGACACGAUUCUGAAAAUGGAGAGAAAAUACAGAAAACACCCAAUCAAGCAGUUUGUGUACAAGAUGUUCCAGAUGAACCAGAUCCCAAAAAUCCUAGAUUAUCCGUUCAACGAGGACGCGGACAAGGUGGACGAUCUUAUUUACAGUUUGGGCGAGUCGAGCGCAUUAAACAGCGAUCUCAAAACGUCUCUCAAAUACUACCGUAUAUGCUACACCUUGCGCCUUAAACAAGGCGACUAUAGAGCUGCCGUGGAGGCGCUUUACCGUUUCAACACCAUUGGCCUGGAACUGAUGAAACAGAAUAAAUUCAACGAUAUCAAGCUCAUCAGCGACAACUAUCUCACAAUCCUCAAUCUGCUGUACACUCUCGAGGAGGACGACCGGUGGAUCAUCAAAAGACCAGUCCAGCUGGUUCAGACGGCAGGCUUGCAGCCGGCAGAAGAACAGAAAAGCGAGCUGGUGUACUCUUCGGACCUGGAGAAGGAAUACCAAUCGCUGACGACGUAA